AUGCCUGGCUAUCGGCUGUACAAAAGUGCAGUGGCUGGCGCGACCGGGCGUAUCGGCAAGGCAUUGACGAGGCAGCUUCUUUUGUCGCCACUGUGCGAAGAGGCGCACAUCGUGGCAAGGCGCAAGGUCGGCUUUCCGGAGCUUGCAGCUUCCGCCAAGCUCCGACACCACGUUGCUGACUUCGGUGCAGAUGUGUGCGGUCUGCAGGCCUCAGCUUUGAAGGGUGUUGAUGCUGCCUUCUGUUUGCUUGGUGCGCGUUCUGGAUGGUCGAACGAAACGGACGUGGUGGCAGUGGAGCGGGAUGCAGUCCUCAGAUUUGCGAGGCUUUGCGAGGCUGCAGGGAUCCCACACCUGUCGCUGCUGAGUUCGGCCUGGGCCGAUCCCAGCCGAGCCCUGCCAUUUGCUCGUGUACAAGGUGAGACCGUGGAGGCUGUGGCCGCUAUGAGCUUCGCGCGGAUUUCUGUUUUCCGACCGUCAGCUGCACUAGGUCCUGACGGGCGUCUCGAGCCUGGCUCAGGCUUCCUGGCUAACGCAUUGUGGCAGUCGGUACCGGUGGCUGCGCAGUUUUUGCCAAAUCGCUAUCGCCCAAUGGCGCUUGACGAUAUUGUUUUAGCAAUGCGGCUGAACGUCGAGCUUUGUGAUGCCUCAGAGCGAGUGGAGAUGAUGGACUACAGGGAUAUGAUGAUGGUCAUCGGAAAGGCUGCUGACAUUUGA